CUUCAUUCUCGGAUGCACAGCGAGGAGAAUAUUUUCAUCAUUCUUGAUUGUGAAAUUUUCUUUUACUCUAGAAAUGAACAUGAGUUGAGCUUGGAGCUUCACAACAGGACCCAUUACCUCCUUUCUACCACCGAACUUUCACCUCUCGCCCGCGUCAAGCCAGUCCAGCCCGUUUACCAGCCAGUUUACUAGCUCUACUAAAGAACCCACCCCCCC